AUGCCACACUUGAUCAUGUCCAGCGCGGUGAGGAUGCGUGUCCGAACGCGGAGCAGCGGCUCUGCUAGGGCAAUCAGUGCGACAGCGAGGGAUAAAAGAGUUGUCGGGGCGAGUAGCAGUGGGCCGGUGCGUAGUUUUGAGGAAAUCCCUCACACUGGUAGGAAUAGAUGGCUCAACUUGCUCACCUUCUGGAGGGAAGAUCGCUUCAAGCAACUCCACAAGCACAUGGAGAGCUCUUUCAGUACCCUCGGACCCAUAUACAGGGAGCAUGUGGGCCCCCAAAGCAGCGUGAACAUUAUCAUGCCGCGUGACAUCGCCGAGUUGUUCCGCCACGAAGGCUGCAACCCGGAACGGCUGGCCAUUCAACCGUGGGCCAAGCACCGCGAGACCCGUGGACAUACGAAAGGAAUCUUCCUAAAGUCAGCGCCGAUUUUCUCAUUACACAUGUACACACUUUCGAGCUUCAUUGAGUGUUUUCUCACCAGGAACGGUGCCGAGUGGCGAGCCGACCGUAUGCUGCUCAACAAGGAGGUUAUGUUGAAAGCGGCCUUCCAGCAGUUCCUGCCCCACUUGGACGAAGUAGCGAGGGAUUUCUGCCGGGUAACCCAGGCCAGGAUAGAAAGCCAGGGGCAAAGCAGCCUGACCUUUAACCCCGGUCCAGACCUCUUCGCUUUUGCACUGGAAGCGAUCUGCUACAUUCUAUACGGAGAGCGCAUCGGUCUCUUCUCAUCAAAGCCCUCCGCCGAGUCCCGAAGGUUUAUUUGGGGGGUGGAAAGAAUGCUGGCCACCACUGUGCCACUCCUUUACUUGCCCUCGCCCCUGAUGGAGCGUCUCGGUGCCUCCUUGUGGACCCAGCACGUCACUGCGUGGGACCACAUAUUCACCCACGCUGAAUCAAGGAUCAAGACUGCUUUCCAACGCAUGUCCUCCAGACCUACUUCGUGCUCUCAUAAAGGCGAGUUCUCUGGAGUUCUGGGCCAGCUCCUGGAGAAAGGGCAGUUAUCCCACGAGGCCAUUACGGCCAACAUCAUUGAACUAAUGGCUGGAGGAGUGGACACAACGGCGAUACCAUUGCAGUUUGGUUUGUUCGAGCUGGCUCGUAACCCUGCCGUGCAGGAGAACGUAAGGCAGCAGGUGACCGAGUCUGUGGAAAGGGCCAACGGGGACCCUCAAAAAGCUUUAGAGGGGGCUCCGCUCCUGAAAUGCGUACUAAAGGAGAUUCUCAGGCUGUAUCCGGUGGGCAUCUCAGUUCAGCGCUACCCAGUAAAAGACAUAGUUCUGCAGAAUUACAACAUUCCUGCAGGGACCUUGGUCCAGGCAUGUCUUUACCCCAUGGGGAGGAGUGACAAGAUCUACGACAACCCGCUCAAUUUUGACCCGGGUCGGUGGUCCCGCAGUCGGGUGGAUACGUCCCAGACCUGGUCCACGUUCCGCUCGCUGGCAUUUGGUUUCGGGCCCAGACAAUGCAUUGGCCGCAGGAUCGCUGAGAACGAGAUUCAGCUCUUGCUCAUGCACAUCCUGCUUAAUUUUCACCUCAGCGUGUCAUCUUCUCGAGACCUCGACACCAAGUUUGCGCUCAUCCUGCAGCCUGAGUCGCCACCAAGGAUCACCUUUAGAAAGCUCUGACACACAUGUGCAAGAAAUGUUGUUCUGCCUGUUUGUAUA